AUGGCAUCCCGUCUCGUCGUGUCCGGCAUCGCGAUGCCCCGCACCGCGGCGGCGGCGCGCCCGGUGCAUCGCGCCGCGUCGCCCUCGCCCUCGAAGGCGUCGCGCGCGACGAUCGGGAUCGGCCGUCCCGUCAAACGCAACCGAUCGCAACCAUCGACCGCCGCGUCCGCCGUGGAGCAGGCGUCCGGCGCGUCCACGUCGUCCCCCGUCGACUGCCUUCCGGCGCUCCCGGACGACUCCUUACCCGACGCCGUCGUCCAGUUCCUCCGCCGCGAGGGGAGGCACGCCGUCUUCUCAGCCACGAAAGUCGGCGUCGUCGAGGUGAACGAGGUGGAGGGGGGCCGAUCGCUUCGCGAGUACAUGUCUCUGCCGGCGUCGCAGUACAGCACCUUGGACGGCGAACGGGUGGAGCGCGUGGGCGACGACACGUUCGUGUGCACGCUCGGUGCCUUCGACUUCUUAGGGUUCCGGCUGCAACCCGUGCUGACCGCGAGGGUCGACGUCAGGCCCGACGGGCAAGGGUGCGUGAUUCGCGUCGUGAGCGCCGAGAUCCACGGCAGCGGCGUCGUGGAGAGCGUAAACGGGAUGUUCGAGAUCGACUCCGUCAACAGAGUGGGCUGGAACGAGCGGUGCAAUCCGGGCACCGGCCAGUGCGAGAUCGCGUCGGAGACCAAGGUGACCGUCUAUCUCCUCGUGCCAAAGUGGUUUCCGUUCACGGUCAAGGCGACGGAGCGGACGGGCAACUUUGUGGUUUCGCAGGUUGUGAACCAGGUGGUGCCUCGGUUCCUCUCGCAGCUCGUGACGGACUACGAGGCUUGGGCCGCCGGCGACGAGAGCAGGGAGGCUAAGGGCGCGGACCUGUUCGCCGUCGACCUCGAGACGAAGUGAUACCGUAUAAGUAAGGGGACGUGAAGGGGUCGGGUGGUGGGGGGGCACGCGAGGGUACGUAGCUCGCCGAUGAAAUGAUGCGUCGUGUUAGUCGU